CGUGAGCGCCGCCACUGCCACCCUGCCUCUGCUUCCUGCUCCAUUCCGGACCGAUGGAGGAGGAAGAUGGGGAAGAACGGGCGCUGCUUGGGAGCCGCCCGGAGGCGGACAGCGCACCCCAGGGCGCCCCUCGCGCUCUGCCCGCGCUCUGCGACCCCAGCCACCUGGCGCACCGGCUUGUGGUGCUUUUGCUGAUGUGCUUCCUUGGCUUCGGCAGCUAUUUCUGCUACGACAACCCCGGAGCCCUCCAGACUCAGGUUAAACGGGACAUGCAAGUGAAUACCACGAAAUUCAUGCUGCUGUACGCCUGGUAUUCUUGGCCCAAUGUAAUUUUGUGUUUCUUGGGUGGCUUUCUGAUAGACCGCAUAUUUGGAAUAAGAUGGGGCACAGUUAUUUUUAGCUGCUUUGUUUGCAUCGGACAGGUCAUUUUUGCUCUGGGUGGAAUAUUUAAUGCAUUUUGGCUGAUGGAGCUUGGGAGGUUUGUGUUUGGGAUUGGUGGAGAGUCCUUGGCAGUUGCCCAGAAUACAUAUGCUGUGAGUUGGUUUAAAGGCAAAGAAUUAAACCUGGUGUUUGGACUUCAACUCAGCAUGGCCAGAAUUGGAAGCACGGUGAACAUGAACCUCAUGGGCUGGUUGUAUGGGAAGAUUGAAGCAUCACUGGGCUCUGCUGGCCACAUGACCCUGGGCGUCACACUGAUGGUUGGAGGUAUAACGUGCAUUCUUUCACUAAUCUGUGCUUUGGUCCUUGCUUAUUUGGAUCGGAGGGCAGAGAAAAUACUAAAUAAAGAACAAGGAAAAACAGGUGAAGUCAUUAAGUUGACGGAUAUAAAGGACUUCUCCUUACCCCUGAUGCUGGUCUUCAUCAUCUGCGUCUGCUACUACGUGGCGGUGUUCCCUUUUAUUGGGCUGGGCAAAGUCUUCUUCAUAGAGAAAUUCAGAUUUUCUUCCCAGUCAGCAAGUGCAAUCAACAGCAUUGUGUAUAUCAUAUCAGCUCCCAUGUCCCCAAUAUUUGGAUUCUUGGUGGAUAAAACUGGGAAGAACAUCGUCUGGGUCCUGUGUGCGGUAGCCACCACCCUCGUGGCCCACAUGAUGCUGGCCUUCACCUUUUGGAACCCGUGGAUUGCCAUGUGUCUCCUGGGGUUCUCCUACUCAUUGCUGGCCUGUGCAUUGUGGCCAAUGGUGGCAUUCAUAGUUCCCGAACACCAGCUGGGAACAGCUUAUGGAUUCAUGCAGUCUAUUCAGAACCUUGGGCUGGCCGUCAUUGCCAUCCUUGCUGGCAUGAUACUGGACACACGGGGAUACUUGCUUCUGGAGGUGUUCUUCAUCGCCUGUGUUUCUUUGUCACUGUUAGCUGUGGUCUUUCUGUACUUGGUGAACGGUGCCCGAGGUGGGAAUCUAAAUUAUUCUGCAAAACAAAGGGAACAAAUGAAGCUUUCUCAGUCAGAGUGAGUACUUAAGGGGGGAAAGAUUG